AUGAACCCAGCCAAAACCCCAGGCCACCAAAAUUGGCCUUUUGGUCAAAUUGAUCUCCAAGAGCAUAACGAUAAAUCAUCUAUUAGAGUUAUCUCCGCCAAUGGGGACCUAAUUCUCGAGUACAUCGCCCCCGAUGACUCUUCAUCGUCACCCACCAGGUGCAAAUGGCGGGUGGCAAGUGACUGUCUUACCUCGCACAGUCCAUAUUUUCAAGCACUACUGGACCCCGCCAAGUUCUCCGAGGGAAGGCAAUUCAGCGCCCAAAAGCAAGCCUGGAAUGAAACUCAAAUACCAGACUCAACCUCACAGCAUGAGCUACCAACGGUCAGGCUUCCCGACGUCCACUCUACCAACAGGUGCGGAGAAGAUGCCAUCGAGUUGUUUUUGAAAAUUCUGUGUCUUGAUUCUUUCGAUCAAACCGAAAGAGCUGUGUUUGAAAAUGAGUUGAAGACCCAGUCUUCAUCGCUUGUUGCAAGAAUGAUCGACCUUGCCGAUUCAUUGAAUUCUCCUCGUGUUGUCCAGGAUAUUCUACAUAGGAUUGGAUAUUUAUAUGGAAAGUCAAAGCCUACGCUCCUUGCCAGAUUUAAUACGGCUUUGUUGUCAAUGAAAGAAGAUCGGAUUCGACAAAUCAUCUUCAUAUCCACCUUCCUCAACGAUUCAAAACUCACUAGAAUCAUGACCCAUGCCUUGCUGGUUGUAGGCUCUAGAUCCUGGAUAAACGGGCUAGAUUGCCCCGAAGAAGAACGUCUGCGCUGGAGACUACCAAAUGGUUUAGAAGAGGAAAUUUAUUAUCGACGCCAAUGUGUUUUGAACACCAUCACCGACCUACAGGCUUAUUUCCUUCGAGUCUAUGGAGGUAUGGAGGAAACCGAUACUGCAAAGCCUGCAGCAAACAACAGAACAUUGGGCGCGGCCUUCACCGCGUCUGCGCAUACACUUCUUCAAUCUCGUCAAUUCCAAUGCCGCGGCGGAUUCAACAACUCCAGCCAAUGCGACCUCUUCCAACUUGGCCAGAUGAUCCGAUUUUUCUCAAUGCGCGCCAGAACAAUCUUUCUAGGAUCAACAUUGAUAGACCCGGAUUUCGACUCACUUCCCAACGAGGAUGGUCACGCAACGGGAGAAUCCAGGAACGACCAACCCCCAGGGCCACCAUCUGAUAUUACAGCCAUCAUCGCCUCUAUCAAACAGUAUCCUGACUAUACAAUCGACGAAGCUCACACCGGCUGUGGUGUGCGACGUCGAAUCAUGCCUUCUUUGGAGUGCAUCGAGAAAUUCGUCUGCGAUGACCGCGGUCUUCUUGGCAUCACCCCCGCAGUCUUAGAUACUGCUGUUUCAGACCCUUCUCGGCCCUCAAAGUGGACGCUUUGGGCAGACUUUAUGCGCAAGAAACACUCGGUUGAUAUUUCUUUUGCAAGAGUCACAGCUGUGUACUACCCUUCGGCACCGUCGAAAAACCAAGUCACCCGUUCCACGCCACAAGAAGAACUUGCACGGCUGUUGUUUACUGCUGCUCGGAGGGAUUGGAGUGCGGCGGGCUCAGGCUGA